UCGCUUGCUCUCCCCUGCCGGGAUCUCAUCAUGGAGUCGCAGUGCGAUUACUCGAUGAUCUUCCCGGCAUGUCCCGUGUUACCGGCGGACCUCCCGGGCCGGUACCGCUCCCUCCCCCGCCGCAAUCACCUGUACCUGGGCGAGACGCUGCGUUUCCUGCUGGUAUUGCGGCUUCGGAGUUCCGGGGAGGUCGUGCAGGACAGGGCGGGGUCGGAGGCCUGCUGCCGCGGGGACAGUUCUCAGGAGAGCCCGGGGCCUGAGAGCUGCUCCUGGGCCCCGCUGGCGGCUUCUCUCUCCGCGCUGGCCAGUGUGUGCCCGGGGGAGGAGGAGCUGGAGGAGGAGGAGGAGAGCGGCGAGGACGGCGGCGGCUGCUACCGGGGGUGCCGGGCCAUCCUGAGCCAGCAGCAUCCGGCGGGGGCCGGCCCGGGGACCCCCGUCACGGACCCCAUAGUAUCUUGUGACGAGGUCAUCUUCCCCCUCUCCGUGUCUCUAGAUCGCCUGCCACCCUCCACAGUCAAAGCUAAGAUAGUGGUCACAGUCUGGAAGAGGGACUCCGAGCAGUGCCGGGUGAAGGCGCUCGGCUAUCGCUCUCUGCUGCUCAACUCCACCCCAGCGCAGAUCUUCAAGGAGGAGCAGGCCGCCUUCAAGGCUCAAGUGAGUACCCUCCUCACAGUGCUCCCACCUCCCACCCUCAGGUGCCGCCAGAUCAGUGUAUCCGGGAAACACCUCACAGCCCUGAAAGUGCUGAACACCUCCUCUCAGGAUGAACUCUGUAUUCGGGAUGUUCGGAUACUUCCCAACUUCAAUGCCAGCUACCUGCCUGUCAUGCCUGACGGAUCCGUGCUCCUCGUGGACAAUGUCUGUCACCAGUCCGGAGAUAUCAGUAUGGCCUCCUUCCUGCGCCUGCACAGCUGCUCGUCCCAGUUACCCAGCAUGCUCUGCUCCCUGGAGGAGCACAAUUUCUUAUUCCAGCUGCAGACCGGAGAGCGCCCCCCUGAGGAUGCCAAAGAGGGUCUGGAGGUCCCUUUAAUUGCUAUAAUUCACUGGUCCACCCCAAAGCUGCCAUUUACGUCUGGAAUAUACACCCAUUACAAACUCCCGAGUAUCCGUCUGGAGAGGCCGCGGUUUGUGAUGACGGCGCGCUGUGACUCCCCAGUACAGACGCACACCCCUUUUCGGGUUACCUACACUCUGCUGAAUGACUUGCAGGACUUCCUGGCUGUCCGACUGGUCUGGACCCCGGAUACCAACAUGGCGGCAGGCGGUAGGUGUCUGACAGAAGAGGAGCGGCGAGGUACACAGGCAGCGCAGGAGGCGGUCGUCUGCUACACCCCCAUCAAUAGUCUGGGCUUCUGCCGGAAAGGCAGCUCCGUCACCAUCGGCGUCACAUUCAUGGCGCUAAAGGCUGGGCUGUUCGAGCUCUCCCAGCACAUGAAGCUGAAGCUGCAGUUCACGGCGAGUGUUUCUCAGGCCCCUCCGGACGCUCGUCCCGUCUCACGCAGGAGUAGUCCCAGCAGCCCCGCCUUGAGGGACCUAGAGAGACAGCAGCAAGGGGGCGCUCUAGGGAGGUCGCAGUCCUUCUCUCACCAGCAGCCUCCUCGUGGGCAGCUCAUCAGGACUGGAAGCGUGAUGGAGCGGCGCGCUAUCACCCCACCCGUGGGAUCUCCCUUGGGUCGACCCCUCUAUUUGCCCCCCGAGCGGGCUGCUCUGUCUCUGGAUAAAAUUGCAAAGCGGCAGUGUAAAGUCCUGGUGGUGAAUCCGGUCCAGUGACUCGGUGUCGUCAAGAAGGAGAUUCCUUCCCCCCCACUUCCUGAAUGUGGAAGGGGGCGCCAACACAGUCUGGGAUGUGUGGACCAAGCAGCCUGUGCUGGAAGGGAGAUUCAGCCCAAUCCUGGAUCGGGGGAUUAAAGGGCCAACGCACGGUUGGCUCAACCAGGGACCGGAGCCACAUAGUGUUUGCUGGAUGGGGAGACUGGGCUCUGUGGAGCUGGAUGCAGCAGAGUCAGACGGGUAACGGGGCCAAACGGAUGCAGCCUGUGCGGGAACAGGAGGCCACGCAGCCUGUGGGAGGGGUUAGGGAGCGGGGAACUGGGGGUAGACCCUGCCCACGUGGACAGGAAGUGCGAUAUAGCCCCGCUCAAGUGGGCGGGGUGAGAGCCCAAAGAAUGGGGGUGGGACUCCGAUACUGCCCUCCCUGUGAUGUGAGGAGGUGAUGGCAGAAUGUAGCGGGCCUCGCCGUUUUCCACGCCAUCUCUUCCAGAUUUUAUGUUUACAUUUUUAUUAUUUUUAUUUAUACAUUUCAUUUUUGGGAUCCCCCCAGUUUACUGUCAGUAUAUACACUGGAAUCUGAUGGGGGGGCACUCCGCCUAUAGGACAGCAGGAUGAUGGGGGCGCACUUACUUGUGGCUGCGACACUUCACUUUUUUUUUUUUAAUAUUAGUACAGGUCAGAUUUUAUUAUUUUAAUAGAAGAAAAAAAAAAUCGAAUUAAUUUAAAAGGUACAAGAGCCAGCAGAGGGAGACGGGUUAGUACCGUGCCUGUGAUCAAGUGGCAACAUUGCAGUACUGGUGCGCCACCUGCUGGUCUGUGUGCUGUACUGCACCUGUGGUGGUCCACCUGCCGGGUGCUGUGCUGUA